AUGUUCUUGAAUGUAUCUUCCUGGGACAUAUCGCUGUCGAAGGAGGUCGAGAACGGGAGGAUUUCGGCUCGUUCCCUUCGGACCAUGAAAGUCCCUCGUCCGACCUAUCUAUCGCCCACUGUCAUCAACGGAGAAGAGUCGCAUCUACUGGGGUUCUUCAACAGUUCAAGAUCACUGAUACUAGGCCCUACGGACGAGGAGGCUUUGGCACAAUUUAUCUUGACAAUUGCCUUCUCCAAUCCAUCCGAUGCGACCAAUCCUGUCCUACAAGGCGUGUUUGCUCUCGCGUCACUACAGCUUCACGGCAAUUUGAAGAGCUAUCGCUACAAGCAUCUCGUCAUAUCAUCCGUCAAAGAGUCAAUCAACUGGCUCGACGAGAAGACACUGCUUCAGAACUUGAUGGCAACGAUGCUUCUGUAUCAUUAUGAGCUCUCGCUCGAAUCAAAUUCCAAAGGGAGCUGGGUAAUAUACCUCUGCGCAGUGAAAAGGAUCAUCAACACAUCCCCAGCAAUUCAGAAGCUGGUCCGGCAAGAAUAUUCGGUCUUCCUUGAUUGGAUUUAUUAUCACGAGGUCCUCGCAGAAUUCACAGUCAGGCAUUGGAAGAUCCCGUAUGAAGGUUGCGGCUUUGUCCCCACCGCAAGAUCACCCAGAGCCAUCGAGGGAAGCGGUCCAAAGGGAGAAGACAACAUCGGCUGUCCGACCGAUGUGCUCCAGCUCGUAGUACAUACAUGUAGACGAGCUCUAGCCACGAAACCCUCCGAGAUGAAUGAUGCGAAUGCUACAGAUGUGCUGGAACACCACAUUUCCAAGUCAAUAGGAGAUUAUGGCCCGAUCCACGUACCGUCUGCGGACCCGAUAGACCGGAACACUAUGGUCGCCGAUCUUCAUCGACUCGCGUGCUUGAUCUACGUCAAUCGGGUGGUCCAUUGUGUUUCAGGAACAGAGUUCCGUCACAGGCGACUUGUGAGAGAGGGAAUAUUGCUGUUGACCAAGAUGACAACAUGCCAGAACGCGUGGCCAUUGUUCAUUAUCGCCUGCGAAGCGAUGGGCGAUGACCAACGCCUUGCUAUCCUGGACGUCUUUGAACAAAGUCGGCAAGACCGAAGACGAAGAUCAAGUCACAUUCAUCUGAUUCAGCAUAUGGUCGAAGCAGUGUGGAACCAGCACGAUCUGAAUGCGGAGAAUCAAGUCGAUUAUCUAACAAUCUUCGACGCGGUUAUUGCUGGCGUCCCAUUCAUACCACCAUUUGCCUGA